AUGAAUCUCAAGGGAGUUGGAGGAAAGCUACGGAUCAAAGCAAAAGGAACGAUGCGAAUAUCGUUCUAUGACAAUGGAGGACAACUACAGACCUAUCACGUCCAUGAUGCCUACUAUGCUCCCAAGCUCCAAAUCACUCUCCUAUGCCCUCAACAAUGGGUUGAACAAGGUCCCAUUAACAAAAAGGGAGUCUACGUCCGAGCAUGCCAUGUUUCAGCCCGGCAUACAACACUUCACUGGCCUGGAGGUCAUAAAACCGUUGACCACGACCCGACAACUUGA